CAAUCUCCGAUCUCUAAUGGCGGCACCACCAGCAUCAUCCUCGGCGAGGGAAGAGUUCGUCUACCUCGCAAAACUCGCUGAACAAGCGGAACGUUACGAAGAAAUGGUUGAAUUCAUGGAAAAAGUCGCUGAAGCCGUCGACAAAGACGAACUCACCGUCGAAGAACGUAAUCUCCUCUCCGUCGCUUACAAAAACGUCAUCGGCGCUCGUCGUGCUUCCUGGAGAAUCAUCUCUUCCAUUGAACAAAAAGAAGAGAGUCGUGGUAACGAUGACCAUGUAACCACGAUCCGUGAUUACAGAAGCAAGAUCGAAUCUGAGUUAUCGAAAAUCUGUGACGGUAUUCUUAAGCUUCUUGAUACUAGACUUGUUCCGGCUUCUGCUAAUGGAGAUUCGAAGGUUUUUUACCUUAAGAUGAAGGGAGAUUAUCAUAGGUAUUUGGCUGAGUUUAAGACUGGUCAAGAGAGGAAAGAUGCUGCUGAACAUACUCUCACCGCUUACAAAGCUGCUCAGGAUAUUGCUAAUUCUGAAUUGCCUCCAACGCAUCCGAUUCGUCUUGGUUUGGCGUUGAAUUUCUCUGUGUUUUACUAUGAGAUUCUCAAUUCUCCUGACCGUGCUUGUAAUCUCGCUAAGCAGGCGUUUGAUGAAGCCAUUGCUGAGUUGGAUACUCUUGGAGAGGAGUCUUACAAGGAUAGUACCUUGAUCAUGCAGCUUCUUCGUGACAAUCUUACUCUCUGGACUUCUGACAUGCAGGACGAAAGUCCGGAGGAGAUCAAAGAAGCAGCAGCACCAAAGCCUGCUGAAGAACAGAAGGAGACCUAAGUUUGUGGUUUCUUUUUUUCAGUAUUCUUAAGUUAUGCAAUUAUUAUGUUUCUGCUUGGUGUUUGUUUUCUAAUCUUCCUUUGCUAUCCCCGAAGCUUCUAAGGCCGUCUAAUUCUUGUCCUUUGUUUGCUUUUCUUAAUCGUGGAUGCUACUGGAUUUCUGUUUCUUUUUUUUUCUUCUCUUGAUUGAUUGCAUUUCGGGCUUAUGCCUUGUACCGAAACUCAGUAUUCUCUCUUAUUAAUGAUUUGCCAUUCAUCCGGUGAUGCUUUUGUACAAAUGCGACUGCGUUUGCAAUUGUG